AUGUCAGCUUCAUACAACGAUCAUGUACACAGGAGAGAUGAUGAGCUCAAGCCCCCUGAGGUAAUCCGAGCAGAGCACAUUGCGAGCCAGGAACCAAGCAUGGACCAAAAGGAUGUAUCUCGGUUACUGCUGAAGAUGGACCUUUUUCUCAUGCCUACAGUGGCACUACUCUAUCUUUUUUGUUUCAUUGAUAGAGCUAACAUCGGCAAUGCUCGAUUGGCAGGCUUUGAGAAGGAUCUCGGCCUCCGAGGCUAUGAUUACAACACCGUACUGUCUGUCUUCUACAUCUCAUACAUCAUCUUCGAAAUUCCCUCCAACAUUGUUUGCAAGUUGCUGGGCCCUGGUUGGUUUAUCCCCGCCAUUUCGCUUGGCUUUGGUUUAUGUUCCAUUGGUACAGCGUUCGUCAACAACCGGGCCCAGGUCUGCGCCGUUCGAUUCCUUCUAGGUGUCUUCGAAGCCGGCGUAUUGCCCGGCAUCGCGUACUAUCUGAGCCGGUUCUACUCACGCGCAGAACUAGGAUUUCGUCUCGGACUUUAUAUCGUCAUGGCUCCCCUAGCAGGAGCUUUUGGAGGCCUCCUAGCUUCUGCAAUCCUUACUCUCGAUAAUUUUGGCAGUCUGACCGCAUGGCGUAUGAUCUUCGCCAUCGAAGGCAUCAUCACAAUAAUUUUAUCCCUGCUUGCAUUCCUGACCAUGACAGAUAGGCCUCAGACAGCGCGGUGGUUGACAGAUCGCGAAAAGGCCUACACUGAGCACAAGCUGCGCGCUGAGAGGGUCGGAUCAUCCGCAGUCUUGGACAAGAUGGAUAAGAAAAAGCUUUUUCGCGGUGUCUCAAAUCCCGUUACACUUGGAACAGCAGUCAUUUUUAUGUUUGACAGCGUCACAGUCCAAGGGCUUGGUUUUUUUACUCCAACAAUUAUCCGCACGAUUUAUCCAGGAAGAACAAUCAUCCAGCAGCAACUUCUUACGGUACCACCGUACAUUGUUGGGAGCUUUUUCGUGAUUGUAGUUACACUGCUAAGCUGGAAGCUAGAUCGACGUCUGGUUCUCAUCAUUUUGAGCACGCCUCUUGUUAUUGUGGGAUAUAUCAUCUUCUUGUCAAGCUAUGUGCCAAGAAUCCGCUAUGCAGCUGCUUUCCUGGUGGCCAGCACAGUUUUCGGUAUAGGUCCGCUUUGUACUGCGCAAGCUAGCGCCAACGUGGUUUCGGACACAUCGCGCAAUAGUGCAAUAGCAACAGCAAUCAUGUUCAGCAACAUGGGAGGCCUCGUGUCGACCUGGAGCUAUCUGCCUCACGAUGCACCUCACUUCCGAAUCGGAAUGGGCCUGAAUCUUGCUACCGCUGCAGGUAUGCUGGUUCUGGGCGUUGUUCUUCUCCUCUGGAUGCGCCGGGACAACAGAUCACGCGAGAAGUGUAACUCUGAGGAGGAAUUAGCUGGUGUACCGGAAGAUCAGAUACAAGACAUGGAUUGGAAGCACCCGGACUUUCGCUGGCAUCCUUAA